CAGUGCAAAAAAGGCUGCUUUUUGUUCAUAUAAAAUGGCCUCUCCGGCCUAUUGUUUUUCCAUUAUCACUACCUAAACUCUUUCAUUUCCUCUUCUAUUCUCUUCUCUGUGUUCUCUCUUAUUCUUCUUCGUCCCAUUUUCUCCUUUUCCUCUUAGUUGAGUCUUGAAUACCCUCGGAGGCUUUGCUAGCUUGCUACCUCGUCGUCUGCCAUGGCUGAGCGUGUUCUGACUCGUGUUCAUAGCCUUCGUGAGCGUCUUGAUGCUACUUUGACUGCUCACCGCAAGGAGAUUUUGCUGUUUAUGUCAAAGAUCGAGAGCCAUGGGAAAGGAAUCCUGAAGCCUCACCAGCUCUUGGCUGAGUUUGAGGCAAUCUGCAAGGAUGACAAGGAAAAACUCGGGGAUCAUGCCUUUCAAGAAGUCUUGAAAUCGACACAGGAAGCAAUAGUUUUGCCCCCAUGGGUUGCCCUUGCUAUCCGUUUGAGGCCAGGGGUCUGGGAAUAUGUUCGUGUCAAUGUUAAUGCUUUAGUUGUCGAAGAGCUGACAGUCCCGGAGUAUCUGCACUUCAAAGAAGAACUCGUUGAUGGACCGGCUAAUGGUAACUUUGUUCUUGAAUUGGAUUUUGAGCCAUUUACUGCAUCCUUUCCCAAGCCAACCCUAACCAAGUCAAUUGGGAAUGGAGUUGAGUUCCUAAACAGGCAUCUUUCUGCAAAAAUGUUCCAUGACAAGGAGAGCAUGACACCCCUUCUUGAUUUUCUCAGAGUCCAUGAAUACAAGGGCAAGUCGAUGAUGCUAAACGACAGAAUUCAGAACCUAACGACACUCCAAAACGUGCUAAGAAAGGCGGAGGAGUACCUGACUACACUCCCUCUGGAAACCCCAUACUCUGAGUUUGAACAUAAGUUUCAGGAAAUUGGGCUGGAGAGGGGUUGGGGUGACACGGCUGAGCGUGUCUUGGAGAUGAUCUGCAUGCUUUUGGACCUCCUCGAGGCUCCUGACUCGUGCACCCUCGAGAAGUUCUUGGGUAGAAUCCCCAUGGUGUUCAACGUUGUUAUUCUUUCACCCCACGGUUAUUUUGCCCAGGAAAACGUUUUGGGAUAUCCCGACACUGGUGGCCAGGUUGUUUACAUUUUGGAUCAAGUCCCUGCAUUGGAGCGUGAGAUGCUUAAACGCAUCAAGGAGCAAGGGCUCGAUAUUAAGCCAAGAAUCCUCAUUAUAACUCGGCUGCUGCCAGAUGCAGUUGGAACCACUUGUGGCCAACGGCUCGAGAAAGUAUUUGGAGCAGAGCACUCACACAUUCUGAGAGUCCCCUUUAGGACCGAGAAGGGCAUGGUUCGCAAAUGGAUCUCUCGGUUUGAGGUCUGGCCAUACAUGGAGACUUUCAUCGAGGAUGUUGCAAAAGACAUUACUGCUGAGCUACAGGCCAAACCAGAUCUGAUUAUUGGCAAUUACAGUGAGGGUAACCUUGCUGCCUCGUUACUGGCUCAUAAGCUCGGUGUGACACAGUGUACCAUUGCUCAUGCACUCGAGAAGACGAAAUAUCCUGAUUCAGACCUUUACUGGAAACAGUUCGACGACAAAUAUCACUUCUCGUCCCAGUUCACAGCUGAUCUUAUUGCCAUGAAUCAUACCGAUUUCAUCAUCACCAGCACCUUCCAAGAGAUCGCGGGAAACAAGGACACUGUUGGGCAGUAUGAGAGCCAUAUGGCCUUCACAAUGCCUGGACUAUACCGAGUUGUUCAUGGCAUCGAUGUGUUUGACCCCAAAUUCAACAUUGUCUCCCCGGGAGCUGAUAUGAACCUAUACUUCUCAUACUCGGAGAAGGAAAAGAGACUCACUGCACUUCAUCCCGAGAUUGAAGACUUGCUUUAUAGCAAUGUCGAGAACGAGGAGCACCUAUGUGUGCUUAAGGAUAGGAAUAAGCCUAUCUUAUUCACCAUGGCGAGGCUGGACCGUGUGAAGAACUUGACAGGGCUUGUCGAAUGGUAUGCCAAGAACCCAAAGCUGAGGGAAUUGGUGAAUCUUGUUGUGGUUGGGGGGGAUCGGAGGAAGGAAUCGAAGGAUUUGGAAGAGCAAGCGGAGAUGAAGAAGAUGUAUGAGCUGAUAAAGACAUACAAUUUGAAUGGUCAGUUCAGAUGGAUCUCUUCCCAGAUGAACCGUGUGAGGAAUGGUGAGCUCUACAGGUACAUCUGUGACACGAGGGGAGCUUUCGUGCAGCCCGCUUUCUAUGAGGCGUUUGGACUGACUGUCGUCGAGGCCAUGACCUGUGGUUUGCCUACAUUUGCAACGAACCAUGGAGGACCGGCUGAGAUCAUUGUCCAUGGAAAAUCCGGCUUCCAUAUUGACCCGUACCAUGGCGAGCAGGCGGCUGAGCUCCUUGUUGAUUUCUUCGAAAAGUGCAAGAAGGAGCCUUCUCACUGGGAAACCAUUUCUGCUGGUGGCUUGAAACGUAUCCAGGAGAAGUACACAUGGCAAAUCUACUCUGAAAGGUUGUUGACAUUAUCUGCUGUGUAUGGCUUCUGGAAAUAUGUUUCCAAGCUCGAUCGCCUUGAGAUCCGUCGCUACCUUGAGAUGUUCUACGCUCUCAAGUACCGCAAGAUGGCUGAAACUGUCCCACUGGCUGAGGAGUAAGAUGAAGGGAGGGUUCAGACACUGAGGGUGAGGGAUGAUGGAGUGAAGUUCAAUUCCUUGCUUUUGUUUGAAUAAGAACCGUACUUUAGCUUGCGAGAUUGCGGCAAUUGUAAACCGGAUUUUCAUCUCUUUUUGGUCUUGUUUGUAACCCUCUAGUGUUCAUUUCCAUUCUUGUUUUGAAAAAGUUUAAUUCAAAUGCCAGUAAUUCUUGCUUGGUUUUGUUUUA